CUUUCUCCAAAAAUAGAAACAACUCUCCAACCUCAAGCUAUCGCUAGAGAAUCAUCUCAAGGUAGCAAAUGUUAGGAAAGUGCGUAGGAGUUGGUUUGGUUUUGGUCUUUGAUAUAAAGAAAAUGAGCCGGUCAUGUAAAAAAGUGAACCAAAGACAAUCCGGCGCGUGUAUAUACGCGCAGAUGUGAUGUGAGCGAGCGAAACUCUGUAAACAAAGGCGCUCCCUUUUUUUUUUUUUUUUUUGGCGGUUGUCUCGCUUAAUGUGGCAACUGGCAUGUGCCCCCUUUAUCGAUGAACUAGGUUCUUCAGUUCGGUCUCCACAGCUCCAAGUUUCUGGCGGUGCCACUUAGGAGAAGCUUAAGAUUUGGUUCAUCGAUUGUUAGUGUUGGAGUAGUAGGAGCAACAAGUUUCAACAAGAGACUCAUGUCAAAUGCUACUACGCCUUUCUCUAUCAACAACAACACCAAGGGAAAGGAAAUGAUGAAGGUAGCAGCAGCUACUGAUCAGAAUUGUCAUCAGACAGUUGGUUCAAAGGAUCCUCAAAAGGAAAUUGAGGCCAUGACGGUUCAAGAACUUAGAGCCACGCUGAGGCAAGCUUAUGCGCCUUUUCUUUGUUAUUGUUUCGGUAGACAUCCAAAUACUUGUUCUUUGUUUUUGAAUCAUAGGAAACUUGGAUUACCUGUGAAGGGACUCAAACAAGAACUUAUCUCAGCUUUACAACUUCAUAUGGACAGCAAUUUACAAGGUGAAAGUUCUGGUGCAGAAACAAAGGAAACUACUUCAUCCACCCUCUCAGAAAGUGUCACCAUCAAAAGAAAGAUCAGAAACAAGGAAGAGUCUACAGAAGAUGACUGCAAUAGCUCUGAAGCUUAUGGAGAAAAAAGAGUAAAACAGUCUACUGAGAAAAAAUUGAAAGCCAAAGUUUCUUCAAAAGCUAUCUUAAGUGAACAACACAAGUCAUUAACCAAAGCAGGUAAGCAGAAGUCUCGGUUAAAAGAGGAAGAAGCAUCAUUGACCAUAUCUAGCAAAGUCCUCAAAACCGAUGAAAUCAUCUCAUCCUCAGUUCAAAGUGAACCAUGGACGGUACUUGCACAUAAGAAGCCUGAAAAAGACUGGAAAGCUUAUAACCCAAAGACAAUGAGACCUCCCCCUCUCCCAGAGGGAACCAAGUCUGUGAAGAUUAUGACUUGGAAUGUUAAUGGAUUGCGAGCACUGUUGAAGCUAGAGAGCUUCUCUGCUCUGCAGCUUGCUCAGAGAGAAAACUUUGAUGUCUUGUGCUUGCAAGAGACAAAGAUCCAGGUGAAGGAUGUUGAGGAAGUUAAAAAAGCUCUUAGUGAUGGCUAUGAUCAUAGUUUCUGGUCUUGUAGCGUCUCAAAGCUUGGAUACUCUGGAACUGCUAUUAUUUCAAGGAUAAAACCACUCUCAGUUAGAUAUGGUACUGGUCACUCUGGAUCAGAUCAUGACAUUGAAGGACGCAUUGUGACCACUGAGUUCGACUCUUUCUACUUGAUAAGCACAUAUGUCCCUAACUCUGGAGAUGGCUUAAAAAGACUGUCAUACAGGAUUGAAGAAUGGGAUCGAACCCUCAGCAAGUACAUCAAAGAGCUGGAGAAGACUAAACCUGUAGUCUUGACUGGUGAUCUAAACUGUGCUCAUGAAGAAAUUGACAUCUACAAUCCUGCGGGGAACAAAAGAAGUGCUGGUUUUACAAUAGAAGAAAGACAAUCCUUCAGAGAAAACUUCUUAGACAAGGGCCUUGUAGAUACCUUUAGAAAACAACAUCCUGGUGUUUUAGGUUACACUUAUUGGGGUUAUCGCCAUGGUACUCGCAAAACCAACAAAGGAUGGAGACUGGACUACUUCUUGGUAUCUGAAUCGAUCUCAGCCAAUGUUCAUGAUUCUUAUAUUCUCCCUGAUAUCAAUGGCAGUGAUCAUUGCCCCAUUGGUCUUAUUCUCAAGCUCUGAUCUAUUCAAAGCUUCACUAUUCCAGGCUUUUUUGGUGUUUUGGUUAAGGUUCUAAAUGACUGUUAGCUAGAGAUUUUACAAGUUUUGCUUAUGUGAAAUUUGGAGUUUUCAGAAGUCACAAUAUCUUCAUCACGAUGUAGUAUCUUGAAAAUGAAAAGGUUAAUCUUUUGAUA